GUCAGUAAUAUCGAGAUGUCAUGUCAACAUAAAAACAAAAAAUCUUAUUAAUUGGUUGUUAAUUUAAUAUAAUCGCCAAAUAUGCUUUACAGAAUAUUAUCUAAUGGCUUUAACAGUUGAACAGUGCGAUGUCUUAUUGGGAAUAUUAGAAAAUCACAAUGUUCGUAAUUUUACCCUAGAAGCUCUUUCAAAUGAAGUACAUAAGAAGUUUGAAUCUUCACAUUUCUUUAAAGUGGGAUCUUGUAUUGUUACUUUAUUACAGAAUAAUUUGUUAACAGACCCAGAACAACGUCUAGCAGCAAUUACUCUGUUAUAUGAACUAUAUCGUGGAGAACCCAUUGCAAAUACUCCUUUUGCUAAUGUAUUUAUUCAUUUACUGAAUCCCCCAGAACAACAAAGCAGUGUCGGAGCUCCAAAGUUGGAAUAUCCUGGACAGUUGCCUAGAAUAACUGCCCCAGAAAAACAUUUUAUAGUUCAACUUUUGGCUGAUAAACCUAAGGAUGCUCUACUAAAAAAGACUGCUGCACAAAUUGUUAACUCAGAUGUUCCAUCACAAGUGAAUGCCGAUUUCUCAGCAAUUCAGUUGACUCUAGCAGAAAAACAAUCUGAAUUACCUCAAACUUGUAAGACAGGAAUUCCAGUUGUGUUAUCAUUGCCAGAGAAAAAUUAUAAUAGCUACACUGUUGACACCACAAAAGAUGAUACUAUAAUUAAAAAAAUAGUAACAUCUGAUAACGCACCAGUGAACAAAGUAUACAAACCAGAGUUUGUAACAUUAGCUCCACCUUUACUAAAUUGUAAAGACGAACCUGUCUGGUUAAAUCCAACGACACCAAAAGAACAUACUGUUGCCUACGAUAUAACCAUGUGUGUCCCUGAUACAGUUGGCUAUGAAGCGCGACAACUCAUGAAUAAAGCUUAUAAGUCAGCUCUAUCAAUUCAACAACAGCAACAGUUGCUUGGUGAACUAGAAGAUGAUCCAAAACUAGUUUACCAUAUUGGUUUAACACCCAGAAAGUUGCCUGAUCUUGUAGAAAAUAAUCCUUUAAUAGCCAUAGAAGUUCUUCUGAAGCUAAUGCAAUCUAAGCAAAUAACAGAGUAUUUCUCUGUUCUUGUAAACAUGGAAAUGUCUUUACAUUCCAUGGAAGUUGUUAAUCGACUUACCACAACUGUAGAUCUUCCCACAGAAUUUGUUCACUUAUAUAUAUCGAAUUGUAUAUCUACUUGCGAAACUAUUAAAGAUCGAUAUAUGCAGAAUAGAUUGGUGCGGUUAGUUUGUGUAUUUUUACAAUCACUUAUAAGAAAUAAGAUAAUCAAUGUUCAAGAAUUGUUCAUUGAAGUACAGGCCUUCUGCAUCGAAUUCAGUCGUAUUCGUGAGGCUGCAGCUUUAUUCAGGUUGUUGAAACAGUUGGAGUCUGGUGAAUUGGGAUUGGUCUCAUCUCCAACUAUUAAUUCCAAAAGUUAGAGAUUGAUUGUAUAAAAUUUGUAUAUUUCGAUAUUAAAUGGUUUUUUUAC